AUGACGUCUGAAGGCAUUGUGCUUCUUGAGGCGAUCGAUGUACAUGAGUUUCUCCCAUUAAGAGACUUUGUAAGGACAUCCGAGUACAUUCAGUCUUAUGUAGUGCUUACUUGCAAUACCAUCAUCUUUUGCUUGUCAAUGACAUUGUUCUUUUACGCCUACACCAUUAAGCCGCCAGAUGCAAGAAAGAAAAUGAAGAUUAAAACAGGAAUGAAUGCCAAUUUCAUGCUGUCCAUUCUUUCCUGUUUGACUAGGAUAUCAGUAUUAGGUGUCUAUUCAAAUGAGGAUGAUCGAGUCCUAUCGAAUUUAGUAUCUUUUUGUGGUGCUUUGAAUAUUGCAUUUUCAUCGUUGCAUAUGUACCUGAAUAGAAAUAUCAACAAUGUGAAUGCUGGAUAUGGUGCAAUCAAGAAGAAUGAUAAUUAUGAUGAGGAGGACCAUAAACUCAAGACCUCGCCAGCGUUCACGGAUAGCUUUGCUUUGUCUCCUACAUCUUACAAUGCAAAAGAUAUUUGA